UUUGUGAAAAUGUAUCAUCAAACCAGUUGCCAACCGAUGUUGCUAAACUAUAUAAUUAUGUAAUCGAUCAACAACACGAAAAAUGCGUUCGGCCCAAAAGGCUAGUCAGAAUUGUAGUGUGAAACUCACCUGACUCAGGCUAGCACGGGCUUGAUGACAUAAACCACGGAGGGCUAUGCAGAUUUCUCUCAAUCUGAACCACAACGAAGUCAAAUUACAUGGUUAGACAGAUAGGAACAUCGCAAGGAAUAAAAUGACGACCGCUCCAUAUAACUAUUCCUACAUCUUCAAAUACAUCAUCAUUGGUGACAUGGGCGUUGGGAAGUCCUGUCUGCUUCAUCAAUUUACUGAAAAGAAAUUCAUGGCAGACUGCCCCCACACCAUUGGAGUGGAGUUUGGUACUCGCAUCAUUGAGGUGAGUGGCCAGAAGAUUAAGCUGCAGAUCUGGGACACGGCUGGCCAGGAGCGCUUCAGAGCAGUCACACGUAGCUACUACAGGGGUGCAGCAGGGGCCCUCAUGGUCUAUGACAUCACUAGGAGAAGCACUUACAACCACCUAAGCAGCUGGCUAACAGAUGCUAGGAACCUUACCAACCCCAACACUGUCAUCAUCCUCAUUGGAAACAAAGGAGACCUGGAGGCCCAAAGGGACGUGACGUAUGAGGAGGCCAAGCAGUUUGCUGAAGAGAACGGUCUACUCUUCCUGGAGGCCAGUGCAAAAACGGGGGAAAAUGUGGAGGAUGCAUUCCUGGAGGCCUCAAAAAAAAUCUACCAGAACAUCCAGGAUGGGAGUCUGGACCUGAAUGCAGCCGAGUCCGGGGUCCAGCACAAGCCCUCCGCCCCGCAGGGCGGACGCCUCACUAGUGAGCCCCAGCCUCCAAAGGAGGGCUGUGGCUGCUAAUGACCUCCACCCUCGGCACCGCCACAAGACCUCCCACCUCAUGAAGCUCUGAGACAAGUUGGCUCUGCUCAUCUCCUGCCUUUCUCCCACUUCUUUUUGUGUUUUUGUUUCUCCAUAUCUGUAUUUUCCUCCCAAUUUCCUUUCCAUUUUUUUUUCUUGUGGGGAUGUGCAUCUGCUCUCUUGGGGGGAUAGGGAGCCAUAGUUGCGAUUAUGUACCCAACAUAUCAUGUGAUAUUUUAACCAUUAUUGCAGCAAUUGAAAUGAUUAAAUGCAGAUGACAUAGAAAUGCAAAGAUAAAGAGAAAGUAUUACAGAAAAUAGACUUUGAUAUCAAAGAUAAUGGGUGUAUGAUUUGUGGUAUUUGUAUUGAUUAUUGUUAAAUAUAUUAACCACUACAGAAGGCUUCUAUUUUGGAAUAUGUUGAUGUACUUUUUUGUUCUACUAAAUAAUUGUAACCAAAUAUAUUAUUAUUUUUUAACUUUUUUUGUAAAAAAGAUUCAGUGAUAAGUUGUAAAUAGAAGGGGUGAAGAUCAGGGGGGGGUUCUUGGUGCCUGUGCAUGCAACUAGCAUGCAAAACUGGAAAUUUAGGUUCUCUAUUUAGCCUUACUCCUUUUAACUUAUGCAAAAUAUUGUUCAAGACACCAAGUCAUCUGUAUAUUGAACAUGCUUCAUGAUGACAAUUCUUAAAUUCAGAGCCACAAUUCAUAAAAUUCCCUCUGCCUCAAUAAGGUAGAACUGGCAUCAUUCAUCUUUCUCUGCGGCAUAUGAGGAUGUUUGGCCCUCAACUUUGAUUCUCAUCAUAUACUACGACGUCUUUGGUGUGAUUCUUCCAACGAAAUUAUC